UUUCGGUAUCUCAACUAAUGAAUUUCGUAUCGGUACUCCCUGUAUCGCUCGCCGUUAAAACCCUCAGUAUUUUAUGUGGCGCUUAUAGGCUUUUCAGCUAAUCUAGAGUGCUUACGCGAAACAACAAAACAAAUUCAUACAUUUUCUCAUAAAAGAGGAUUGUUGAUAAUGAACACCAGCCGUUGCGGCUGACGUCACUAAUUAAUUUUCAUCUACCUGUUGUCUUGACUUCUUUGGCAUCAAAAUGCGCUGAUUAGCACAAGUAUACUGUUAAGCGGUCAUUAAUAUAGCAAAAUUGGGCCAAAAGCAGGAACUGGAGAGCAGGAGCGCACACGCGUGUUGGGUAAUCUCCUGGUUAUCAAGAUAGUAGACGACGCUUUCGGCAACGCCAGUAUCUCAAAGUGCCAUGGUCCGAACGCGUCGAGCUCGAAACAACUCGCGAUGACAUGUGGAGUGCUCUUUCGCGAACUGUUGUUAAUCUCUGCAGAGGACGGCAACAAAAAAGAUCCCCAAUACUGAAGAAUGACGUCGCGAACUCACCGACAUCUCUUCAAACCAUGCCGCCAGCUCAAAUUACAGGUGAUCAAAUUUCUGAUUACCUCAUCAACCACCCGGAUUUCCUGGAGCGCUACAUCAUGGACGAAGUGGAGGUGGAGCAAUUGGAAAGGUGGAUCAUACGUAAAUCUCAACGUUUAAAAAAGAAGCCGGAAACGGCGUCUAGAAAUGGUCGGAAAACCAGCCUUUCGAGAUGGAAGUUCUGUGUACAUGCAGACAAACGUCAGAUGCUCCAGGAUCUCACUCACAGUUUACAACUGAAACCCACCAAAGAUCACGUGUUGUGGGAAUUGGCCAACUGCAUUUGCUCGGCUGUUAGUGCCGACGGUUUUAGAUUGUACCUCGCAGAUAAAGAUAAUCCGGAGAAUUUAGCCCUCUUUUUAGGAAUAGAAUGUAAAAAUGAAAAUGGAGAGCCGAAGUUGCAAAAAAUAAAAAGCGGAGUCAGCGUACCGUACUACGUAUCUAAAACUCUUGAACCUGUUAGACUUUCUAGGGGUGAUUCUGAUCCUCGUUUUCCGGAUGGAAUACCAAAUGACGGAGACAUUGCUCAUGUAUUAUGUCAAGCGUUAAUGCAGCCCGACGGGCAAUUAGCAGCGGUCCUCGAACUGUGGCGUCGGGAACAUGAGGGUCCGUUUUAUGAAGAGGAUGAGGAAAUUGCAUCCAGUUAUCUAGUCUGGGGAGGAAUUGCCCUUCAUUAUGCCCAUCUCUACCUCAAUAUGAACAAACAAAAAAAAUUAAACGAUUUUCUUCUAGCUGUUGUAAAAUCAAUUUUCCAAGACAUGGUCAGCAUGGAUGCGCUCGUAAUAAAGAUAAUGAAUUUUGCCCAAAGACUAGUCGAUGCGGAUAGAGCUUCCUUGUUUUUGGUAGACAGUAAAAGUAAGGAAUUGUAUGCGACUAUAUUCGAUGUGGGAGUCGAGAAAAAUCCAGAUGAGUGUUCGAAUGGGCCCGGUGACAACGAGGAGUUCGUAAAGGUCGACACGUCAAAGGAAAUACGUUUUCCUCUUGGGACAGGAAUCGCAGGCCAGGUAGCUAUGACCGGGGAAGUUCUCAACAUCAAAGAUGCUUACGCCGAUGCGAGGUUUAACCGCACAGUCGAUCAACUGACAGGUUACCGGACGAACACAAUAUUAUGCAUGCCUAUCUUUAUACGAGGAUCCAUCAUCGGAGUAGUCCAAAUGGUCAAUAAACAUUCCGGAUUAUUUACCAGAGAAGACGUAGAAGCUUUCGAAAUGUUUGCAGUGUAUUGUGGGCUAGCCUUACAUCACGCUAAGCUUUAUGAUAAAAUACGAAAAUCUGAACAGAAAUAUAAAGUGGCUCUAGAAGUAUUAAGUUACCACAACAGUUGUACAGAAGAGGAAUAUCAAGUUGCACUGAAAAAAGGAGUACCCAAUAAAUUAAUCGGAGUAGACGAUUAUUACUUUAACCCUUUCGCAGUCGAAGAUUUCCAUAAAGCCAUAUAUGCAAUGUACAUGUUUGUUGAUCUUUUUGGACUCGGUAGAUUCGACAAAAACUGCCUAAUGAGGUUUUCUUUAACCGUUAAGAAAAAUUACAGAAGAGUGCCGUAUCAUAAUUGGACUCAUGGGUUUUCCGUAGCCAACUCGAUGUAUAGCCUCAUAAAGCAUUCGGCGGGAGCUUUCCGGACUAACGAAUGCCUGGCGCUAUACAUAGGGGCACUAUGUCACGACCUCGACCACCGUGGAAAAAACAACAAGUUCAUGCUGGAAACUGAAUCUCCGCUCGCAGCGAUUUACUCCACGUCUACCAUGGAACAUCACCACUUCAAUCAGACUGUGACUAUUUUACAACAGGAGGGCCACAAUAUCUUCGCCAAACUUUCAAGUGCUGAAUACAAACAAGUCCUAAGUUUACUUAAACACUGCAUCCUUGCCACCGAUUUGGCACUGUUCUUUCCCAAUAGGGCUAAACUAAAUGUGUUGGUCCAAGAGAACGCCUUCUCAUGGAAUAAUCCCGAACACAGGCUUUUACUGCUGGCAGUAUCGAUGACCGGAAGUGAUUUAAGUGCUAGUGCAAAACCAUGGGAUAUCCAAGUAGAAACUGUGAAAGUCAUUUUUGAAGAAUUUUAUGAGCAAGGUGAUGCCGAGAGACAAUCAGGAAGGGUACCGAUACCUAUGAUGGACAGGAACCAACCUGAUCAACAGGCAGCUUCGCAAGUUGGUUUCUUAACUGGUAUUUGUGUUCCUUGUUACACUAUACUGCGUACUCUUAUUCCUGAAACGAAACCUUUGUUGGACAUGUGUCAAAAGAAUUUAGAGCGUUGGCGCAAAAUCGACGAUGAAAAGAAAGAGAAACAAAACACGAUUUAAACAUUGUAUCAAAAUGGAUAAUAUCUCCUUGUUCUUAAUAUUAAUUGUGUUUGCCUGUUGAUUUAUAUCUUCAAAUUAAAAUAAUCAUAAAACAACAAGCGAGUGGUUGUGUUUAAAACGAAUUUUGUUCUUAAUGAAAAUAUUCUUUCUAUAUAUAAAUAAAAUAAGUUUCUUUUAUUGUUUCAAACAGUUUUGUAACCAAAUAUUUGAAACGCUGUUUAGUUACUAAGGAAGCGCUAAUAAGUACACCACUCAAUUGUCAUUUGAUGUUGUAUUGACUUUGUUCUAAUAAUGUGAUCUUUUUAUCGAUUAUUAGUUUAUAGGAGUAUUAAAGUAAGGCACUCCAAAAGGGCAGCGUUUUAUUUAAAAUGCGUAACCUUAAUUAUCUAAAUAAAAAAUAAAAACCAAGGGGGAGAUUCUAGAAACUGCGAUAAUAUGCAAA